AUGGCUACACAUUCAGUUGAUAUUUCUGAAAAAAAAGAUGAGAUCACAAGCAUUUCAAGUGUUGAAGAAAAGAAAUUAUUAAAAAAACUUGAUUUAAGAAUCAUUCCUUUACUUACACUUAUUUUUACCCUUAAUUUCUUGGAUAGGGUUAAUAUUGGAAACGCGAGAUUAGCUCAUUUGGAACGUGAUCUUAAUUUAACUGGAGUUGAAUUUAAUUGGUGUUUAGGCAUAUUCUUUUUUGCAAGAUUUUUAUUAGGUGUUUUUGAAUCGGGUCUUUUUCCUGCUAUCGUAUUUUACAUUACAAAAUGGUAUACGAGAUCUGAACGAAGUUAUCGAAUUAGUUUGUUUUUUUCCGGUGCUACAAUUUCUGGUGCAUUUAGUGGUCUUUUAGCAUUUGCUAUUAUAAAUUUAGAUGGUAAAUUUGGUUUGAGUGGUUGGCGAUGGAUAUUUCUUAUUGAGGGGUCAGCAACAGUCAUUGUUUCAUUUUUCUCUUACUUUUUAAUCACGGAUUAUGUGGAAACUGCUACUUGGCUUACAGAAGAUGAACGAAAAUUAGCUGUUAAUCGGUUACUGCUUGAUGAGGGACAUGGCCAUACAACUCGUUUUGAUAAAUCUCAAAUUUUUCAAGCUUUUAAAGAUUUGAAAGUCUACAUAUUUAUGUUUAUGUAUUUUUGUAUACUUGUUAAUAUGUAUUCUUUUGCUUUUUUUAUUCCAACCAUUGUAAAUGGUUUGGGAUUUAAUGCUGCGAUAUUAGCUGAUCACCAUAAAAUUCGUAGUCCAUAUUUGAUAUCUUGUUUGUUAGUGGCAAUCAUAGGAUACGCAUUAAUUAUUUCAGAGAAUUCUAGUAUUGCUUUGAAAUAUUCUGGUGCUUGUAUUGUUGGAUUGGGUAUAUUUGCAUGUGUACCUAAUUUACUUGUAUGGACAUUAAAUAAUCUGUCUGGUGACUUGAAACGUGCUGUAGGCACCGCGAUGGCGAUUUCCUGGGGUAAUCUAGGUGGUAUAGUAAGUGCGCAAUUAUACAGACCUAGUGAUGCACCGACUUAUAAAUUUGGUCAUUCCAUUGCAUUAUCACUUUUGAUUGCUUCGGUAUUGUUAUCUAUAGUUCAAUAUUAUUACUUGAAUAGAAUGAAUAAUUAUAAACUUAAUGAUCCUGAUAGGUUUUUAAAAGGAAUUAAUGAGGAGGAGGCUAAGCAUUUGG